AUGGAGGAAUUGCUGAAAUAUUUACACAAGAUUAGAAUACCGCAGAAAAAUGAUAAAAUAUAUAAGGAUGAGUGUGUUUAUUCCUUUGAUACUCCAGUAAGAUGUCACAACGAUUUUACAAUUAUAGACGAUAAUACAAUAAUAUAACGAUAAUCAUUUUCAUCGUUUUUUUCUUUUAGGAUACUUCUUCUGGCUUGUACAUUAAUCUUACCACGUUUUUGGGAUUAGGUCAGGAUUAUAUACAGCAUUAUUAUCAGUUAACAGAAAAUCCUGUGUUCCUGCAUAUUAAAAGAAGAAGAAAAGAAAUUCCUACUAAAUACCAAGAUGGCCCUGAAAAGAAAAUUACUAGAUUAGCAAUAGGAACAGCAGAUGGAUUUACACCUGAUCAACAAAAAUAUACUUACCAUGAAUCCUAUGAAAUUAUUAUUCUACCAAAUUUUACCACAAUACCUUAUCCAACAGACAAUUUACCACAAGAAGUUGAAGUUGCAAUUAAAUGUAUAUUGGAAGCAGAAUCUGCAACAAAAAUAGCAGAAGUAGAGGCAUUGGCUGGAACCUGGGAUGGAGAAGUUAAAGCAGUUUCAAAACAUGCAGCAAGUCUUAAACAAUUAGAUAAUGGAAAAAAGAUACCACCUAGUGGAUGGAAGUGUGAAAAAUGUGAUUUAACUCAAAAUCUCUGGCUUAAUUUAACUGAUGGUAGCAUUCUUUGUGGACGUAAAUUUUAUGAUGGGACAGGUGGAAAUGAUCAUGCAGUUGAACAUUAUAGAGCUACCGGUUACUCGUUAGCAGUAAAAUUAGGAACUACAACUAAAGAAGGAAAAGCAGAUGUAUUUUCAUAUGAUGAAGAUGAUAUGGUAGAAGAUCCAAAGUUAGUAGAACAUUUAGCUCAUUGGGGUAUUAAUAUUGCCCAAAUGGAGAAAACUGAUAAAUCUAUGAUAGAACUCGAAUUAGAUCUAAAUCAAAGAUUUGGUGAAUGGGUUGCACUUCAAGAAGCAGCAAGUAAAUUAACACCUUUGUAUGGUCCUGGGUAUACAGGACUUGCUAAUUUAGGAAAUUCUUGUUACUUAAACAGUGUGAUGCAAAUGCUAUUUGUGAUUCCAGAUUUCAUUAAAAGGGCUAAACUUGGAAUUGGUUUACUUUCUGGUAAAUACUCUGUCCCACCAAAUACAAAUCACGAACAUGAAUCACGUCAAGGUAUUCCGCCACGAAUGUUUAAAACGUUAGUUGGUCGUGGACAUCCAGGAUUUUCUUCAAAUCGACAGCAAGAUGCGCAAGAAUUCUUUCUUCACAUCAUAAAUAUCAUAAAUCGUCACAGUCGUCGUCAAAUAAAUCCUACUGAUUGUUUUAAAUUCCAAGUUGAAGAAAGGUAUCAAUGUAGUCGGUCUAACAAAGUAAAGUACACUUAUCGUACUGAAUACUUAUUGCCACUUCCAAUACCUGUAGAAACUGCUGUAAAUAAGGAUGAAGUCGCAGUUUAUGAAGCAUUAAAAAACGAAACUGAAGCUAAAGGACAAAAACUGGAUUCAAAUGCUCUCGUCAGACCACGCAUAAAACUAUCAUCCUGUUUGCAAACAUUUAUACGGCCGGAAACAGUAGAACAAUUUUAUAGUUCAGCCUUAAAUGAGAAGACAACAGCGCAAAAAACUACUAGACUUUCUACUUUUCCGGAUUAUCUAUUAAUCCAUUUAAAAAAAUUUAUGAUGAAAGAAGAUUGGACACCAGUCAAGUUAGAUGUAGCAGUUGAAAUGCCAGAGACAUUAAAUUUAACUUUUCUUCGAGGUUUUGGUUUACAACCUACAGAAGAAUUAUUGCCGGAAACAGUUGGUGCUGCACCUCCGCCACUUGUUUAUGAUUCCGUGAUAUUGAAUCAGCUGACAGAUAUGGGAUUUCCACCAGAAGCUUGUGAAAGAGCACUAUAUUUUACAGAAAAUCGUGGCUUAGAGGUAGCUACAAACUGGCUAAUGGAACAUAUUGCGGAUUCAGAUUUUGCAGAUCCGUUUGUACCACCUGGAAUUGAUGUUAAACCAGAAAAAGAUAAAUUUAUGGCAAAUGAAGAUGCUGUAGCUAUGUUAAUGGGAAUGAGUUUUACGAGAGAACAAGCAACAAAAGCGCUUAAAGCGACUGAUAAUAAUUUAGAACGUGCAGCAGAUUGGAUUUUUAGUCAUCAAAAUGAAUUGGAUGCUUUAGAGGUUGAAGAUGAACCAAGACAUUCCAAAGAAAUAUUUAGAGACGGAACCGAUCAAUAUAAAUUAGUAGGAUUUAUAUCACAUAUGGGUACGUCGACAAUGGUAGGACAUUAUGUGUGCCAUCUUCUGAAAGAUAAACGAUGGGUGAUCUACAAUGACGAUAAAGUACGUAUUACAAGUAUAAAAUAAAUAUAGUAAUUAUAAUAUGGUAGAAACAUUUAUUUGAAUUUAUUUGAAUUUAACAGGUUGCAUUAUCUGAAAAUCCACCAAAAGAAUUAGGAUAUGUAUAUCUAUAUCAUCGUAUUGAUUAGAUUAUACAAUUAUUUUGUAUAAAAAAUGUAUUCUAUUACACUUCAACAAUAAAAAAUAUAAUAAGUAAGAAAUUUGUAUCUUUCAAUUUGGAAAAAAUUUGAAAGCAUAUAAAUGAUUUAUUGUUUGUGCUUAUAGUUGCUGAUAUAAUUUUAUAUAAAUAAAAAUAUAUAAAACGUUAAUUUUUUUUAAUGGCACCAUUUUAUGACAUGCUAUAUAAUUUUACAUUUUCUAUCCCAAUUCAUAUAGCAUUGUUAAAACAUAACAUUAACAUUAGAAGAAUUUUAAUAUAAUAAUUAUAUGUCAAAUUUUUCAUUGACAUUAAACUUUUUAUUAUGCUAUCUAUUAUUUAUGCUCAGUGUAAAAUUUGAUUAAUCUAUAUAUCAUUUUUAACAUGAAUAUAAAUUGUAUUUUAUAAAUCUUAUUAAAUUUUCACAUAAUAUAUAAAUAUUCAACGACGGUGUAAAAAUAUAUUUUUAAAAAUACUUUAAGUAAAAUGCCACAUUGAUAGAUAUUUUAAACUGUAUCAAAGAAUAAUACUUUUUUUAAAGCAAUACUGUGUUAAUUCUCUUAAGAUCUACGUAUCAUUCCAAUUUAAAAAUUUACAACUUAUUCACACGUAAUGCAUUUAAUUCUUAUAAAUGGAAUGCAUUACUUUUGAUUGUUUUGUACGUAUUUACACAAAAUAGUUUUGUUAUACGCUGUGAUAAAUUCUCAAUCAGAAUUUUUUUUUCCAUUACUUGAUACAGUAUUUAUAGCUCGCAUAUUUGCAUUAAAAAUGCUUUGUUAUUAAAUUACUGUAUUGUCGUUUGUUUUUGACUUACGAAUCUAUUAAUGUUUUUUAAUAUUAUUUGUACAUUAGUAGAAUAAAAAAAUAUUUCCACAAAAAUAUUUUUAUAAAACAUUAGUAUAUAGAAUAAUUUAAUUUUAAUAUUUAUGAUAAAUAUUAAAAAGGCAGUUGAAGUACUGUUUUAA